AAGAACAGGGAAAAAAAAACCAAUCUGAGUUGGAGUGGAAGGGUUAAUGGUGGCAGCCAUGUCUGUUCUGAAUCUAAAAACACCCAAGACGACUCGCAAUUAGGUCCCAGUUUUUGGUUCGCUGCUGCUUAAUGCUAUAAACUCCCAACCCUUCUUCCUUCAACAAAACCAAACCAAACACUCUCGCGCGCACGCACUCAAAAACACAAACAAACACUCAAUCCUGUUCCAUUUCUAACUGCUCGCACCGAAACGCGGUGGUUCCAACUUCACUCCGAUGGCGGUUUCCACAUCCGACGUGGCGGCGAUGUACUCGCUCCUAUCCAAUUCCAUGAGCGCCGAUCACCGCCACCGUGGCCCCGCUGAGCAAGCCCUCACUCAAUCCGAGUCCAGACCCGGCUUCUGCUCCUGCCUCCUUGAAGUGAUUACGGCGAAGGAUUUGGCGGCGCAGGUGGAUGUGCGGUUAAUGGCCACCGUGUAUUUCAAGAACAGCAUCAAUCGAUACUGGCGGCAUCGCCGCUAUUCCUCGGGAAUUAGCAAUGAGGAGAAAAUACAUCUGAGGCAGAAGUUGUUGAUGCACUUGAGAGAAGAGAAUGACCAGAUAGCUCUAAUGUUGGCUGUUCUAAUCUCCAAAAUUGCUCGGAUCGAUUAUCCCAAAGAAUGGCCAGACAUCUUCUUAAUUUUAUCGCAACAACUUCAAUCAGCUGAUAUUCUUGCUUCCCACCGAAUCUUCAUGAUUCUAUUUAGAACUUUAAAGGAGUUGUCUACAAAACGCCUUACUGCAGACCAACGCCACUUUGCAGAGAUAUCAUCCCAUUUCUUUGAUUAUAGCUGGCGCCUGUGGCAAAGUGAUGUGCAGACAAUACUGCAUGGUUUCUCAACUCUUUCUCAAAGCUUUAAUUCAAAUGCUGAAGAUCAGCACCAUGAUCUUUAUCUUACGUGUGAGAGAUGGUUGUUAUGUUCAAAGAUCAUACGGCAAUUAGUUAUUUCAGGAUUUCAAAGUGAUUCAAAGUGUUUUCAGGAGGUUCGACCAGUCAAGGAAGUAUCACCUGUGCUCUUAAGUUCCAUUCAAUCACUUCUUCCAUAUUAUUCGACUUUUCAAAAGCAAUAUCCUAAAUUUUGGGACUUCUUAAAGAGGACAUGUACCAAAUUGAUGAAAAUUUUAGUUGCCUUUCAGGGCAGACAUCCUUAUUCAUUUGGUGAUAAAUUUGUGCUUUCAUCAGUCAUGGACUUCUGUUUGAAUAGGAUAACGGACCCUGAGCCAUAUCUAUUGUCAUUUGAACAAUUUCUCAUUCAAUGUAUGGUGAUGAUUAAGAAUAUUCUGGAAUGUAAGGAAUAUAAGCCGACUCUUACUGGUCGAGUGAUGGAUGAAAAUGGUGUUACACUGGAGCAGAUUAAGAAAAAUAUUUCCAGUGCAGUUGGUGGUGUUUUAAGUUCCCUUUUGCCCAAUGAACGGAUAGUCCUCUUGUGUAAUGUGUUGAUACAAAGGUAUUUUGUUCUGACUGCAAGUGAUCUGGAGGAGUGGUAUCGUAACCCCGAGUCUUUUCAUCAUGAGCAGGAUAUGGUCCAGUGGACAGAAAAAUUGAGGCCAUGUGCUGAGGCUCUAUACAUCGUAUUGUUUGAAAAUUAUAGCCAACUGCUAUGUCCUGUGGUGGUUUCUCUUCUUCAAGAGGCCAUGAAUAGUUGCCCGACUUCAGUGACAGAAAUUACUCCUGCAUUGCUUCUUAAAGAUGCUGCCUAUGGUGCUGCUGCUUAUGUUUAUUAUGAACUCUCAAACUACUUGAGCUUUAAAGACUGGUUCAAUGGUGCUUUAUCGCCCGAACUCUCAAAUGAACAUCCAAAUUCACGUAUCAUUCAUCGAAAAGUUGCUGUAAUUUUGGGGCAGUGGGUCUCUGAGAUUAAAGAUGAUACAAAAAGGCCUGUGUACUGUGCUUUAAUCAGAUUGUUACAGGGCAACGAUUUAUCAGUCCGGCUGGCAGCCUGUCGAUCCAUGUGCUUACAUAUUGAAGAUGCAAACUUUUCAGACAAAGAGUUUGUCGAUCUUCUUCCUAACUGUUGGGAGUCGUGUUUUAAAUUGUUUGAGGAAGUUCAGGAAUUUGACUCGAAGGUUCAGAUUUUGAAUUUGAUCUCUAUCCUUAUUGGACAUGUUAGCGAAGUUAUUCCAUUUGCAAACAAGUUGGUGCAGUUUUUUCAGAAGGUCUGGGAGGAAUCUUCUGGUGAAAGUCUGCUGCAGAUUCAGCUGCUGGUUGCUUUGAGAAACUUUGUGGUUGCACUUGGGUACCAGUCUCCCAUUUGCUAUAAUAUACUACUGCCAAUUCUGGAGAAUGGGAUUGAUAUUAAUAGCCCAGAUGAACUCAAUCUUCUUGAAGAUAGCAUGCUGUUAUGGGAGGCCACUCUUUCUCAAGCUCCAUCUAUGGUGCCUCAAUUGUUAUCAUAUUUUUCACGCCUUGUUGCGAUUAUGGAAAGAAAUUUUGACCAUUUGCAGGUUGCAGUUAACAUAAUUGAAGAUUACAUAAUUUUGGGUGGAAAUGACUUUCUGAGCAUGCAUGCUACAAAUAUUGCUAAAAUUCUUGACUUAAUUGUCGGAAAUGUCAGUGACAAAGGCCUCCUUUCAGUUCUUCCUGUCAUUGAUAUCUUAAUACAGUGUUUCCCAAUGGAAGUGCCGCCACUUAUUAGCAGUGCAUUGCAAAAACUAAUCAUAGUAUGUUUGAGUGGAGGAGAUGACCGGGAUCCGUCUAAAACAUCUGUGAAAGCAUCUUCUGCUGCCAUCCUCGCAAGACUUUUGGUGAUGAAUACAAAUUCACUAGCCCAAUUGGCAUCAGAUCCAUCAACUUCUCUACUGCUUCAGGCAGCAUCUAUCCCAAUUCAAGAAAAUAUACUUCUUUGUCUGGUUGACAUUUGGGUUGAUAAGGUAGAUAAUGUUUCUUCCAUCCAGAAGAAGGCAAUUGGCUUAGCCCUGUCAAUAAUUCUGACCUUAAGGCUGCCUCAAGUACUUGACAAACUUGAUCAAAUUUUGAGUGUCUGCACUAGUGUAAUUCUGGGCAGAAGCGAUGACCUAACGGAGGAAGAAUCCAGUGGAGACAUGAGCUCCAGUAACUCUCAUGAUGAGGGCUCAAUCCCUAGUAAAGAAUUCAGAAAGAGACAGAUCAAAUUUUCAGACAGUAUCAAUCAGCUGUCAUUGGAAGACUCUGUUAGAGAAAAUCUACAAACAUGUGCUGCUAUUCAUGGAGAAUCAUUUAAUGCUGCAAUGAGCAGUAUGCAUCCAUCUGCAUUUGCACAAUUGAAGCAGGCGUUAAAAAUGCCAUAACUGGGUGUGCCAUUUAAACCUUGUGAUCCAGUGGUACUAUGUGGAGGCUCUCAAUUCUUCUGUUCAUAGAUUGUUACUUCCUAUAGGGAUCACAGUUAUAACUGUCAAAUUAAGGUGUAUUAACUUUAACUUCCAAGAACAGUGGAGAUGAACUUGUUGGAUAACAAAUUAGGAGAAAUAGGGUGAUAUUGAAGCUUGUUACUUGGCUCAUGAUUUUUGACACAUUCAAAAUUGUAAGGUCCAUUUACAAUUUUUCGUUUGUCUUUGCCCUUUGGCAGCGUGAAACCCUGUAAAUAGGAUGUUGUUCCUUUAUUAUAUAUAAAUGGGAACAGCAUCGAGUCCAUUGUGUCCAUUUACUUUGCUGAGAAUGACAAGAAAUGUGAAAUGUUUGUGUACAUGCUGUUUUUGGAUACGUUGGGAUGUGUUGUGCAAAUUUUACCCAGAAGUUCUUUUUUCCUUUUGAUCGAA